CGCUUUAUUAAGGUUUAACUUCGGAGACAACACCCAGGCCGGAUACAACACAACGGUCACACCACAAUAUGUCAGAUUGAAUUGAACUACUUUUAGCAGAACAAUUUAUACUUCGUCCUCAGUUAAACUCCGGCUUAUAUUACCAAUACAAAGAGGGAAGCACUGUGAGAGAUGUAGCUCGGACUUAAAUACUCCACCGUGAAAUACAAGAUUGCACGGUGUGAUUAAGACACGCUGGUGGGAGGACGUGACAGAUGGCCACCCAAUACCUCCAAUCUAAAUGAACCCGGUGUGUUUUGAGCUGUUCACACCUGUGAGGGCGGUUUCAUGGUGGUGUUGUCAGCUGGACAGGAUUAUUCUAUACAUUUCUAUAUAUAAAAUGAAGUUAGAUAAUUCCACGUUUGGAGAAGAGCUUAUAAUGGCAUGAAGGGACGACUCAUAAAUGACGACUCAACCUCUUUAUCAAUAAUGUGGAAAGUGGUAUUUUAUUGCAAGAUUGAAUUUUAGAUACAAGAGUGUGAUGGCCCACCAGAGGGAUUGUCUAGCCAGUAAUGCCAUCUGUAGUUAUGGGAUGAUUAUAUUUAUAACCAACCUUCUGCAUGCAGGACUGUUUACAUAAAAAAGUUAUUUGAACAGGUAAACCAGUUAUCUAUUGGGUUGUCCUGGGACGUGUGUGUAUCACGUGAUGAUCACCAUCUGAUAUUCAAACCGGUGAUUUUGGGGUUGUCCGGUGAAGUACAUGAGCAGAUGAGAGGGGCAGGCUGCUGUAAUCACAAGCUGUAGCUCAUGCUCUGUUCCGGAGACAGCAACAUACAUCAUUUGUAAAACAUGGUCCGGCAUUUACCUUAUCCAUCUUGUUAAACGUCCAUUUGAAGAACAACAUAUGUACUCAAACUGCAUACAUAAUUAAAAACGUUCGACAUGGUAACCUCUGAUAGUUGUUGUGCUAAAUGUUCAGUAAAUCUAUAACUACAACAUAACAUAACGCCGUGACCCCGCCCCGCACAGCGCCGGUGUGCGUCGUAAAGUAAAACGAACACUUCCCGGUGCACCACGUUAGCUGGUACUGCUAGCUACCAGAGGGGCAGACAAGCCAUCGAACCGGGGUCAACGAUUCUCCAGGACGUUAUCUACCACGGCGCAUGUGAUUUUUCUAAAUGUCCAUGGAAACAGCUGACUAAAGUUUGACAGCUAUCCCACCACUUUUCCAUUUGUAAGAAUUACUCUGAGGAAGCAGUGCUGGAAAUUAGUUUGGAUUAAGCCAUUCCCCGUGUUAAUAGAUCCACAAGUAAUCUGCUGAUGACCACAUCUGACGCCAAUCCCGAGUUGUGAGUCAGUAGAGGUGAAGCUGGGCUGAUGACAAGCAUGACAUUCAGCCAAGCCACAGAUGCAUGUCCACUCAAAAGGCCCAACUGAGCGCCGUCCCCUCUGCUUCCCGGCUCUCGACAAGUCGCUCAGGAGGUGGGGGGGGGGGUGUCGACGGGACAUAGCUAGUCCCCUGCACCCCCAAGUAGAACCUCACUGUGAGACUGGAGGUCUCUGAUGGAUCAGGGUAGUAAUGAGCAGAGUCCAGAGGAGCCGGACACGGGAGGCCGAGCGGAACUGGAGGUCGGCAGGAGGGCGUCGGAGUCAGAGCAUGGCUUGUCCAAAAUCACCCAUAAUGCCCUGGAGAACAUGGGAGCGUUGGGCCAUGGCCUGAAGCAGUUCUUCCAGCCACAGCGCCGACGCUCCUCCGUUUGCCCACAUGACUCUGUCUCUGCCUGCACAGGCGCCCCUCCCUCCGAACCCACUGAUGUAGGGUCCGAAGUAGGGGACGCUCCUGCCUCCUUGGCCCUCCCUUUGGAUUCUGACAGCCCUGCCACUUCCGCCCCCCCCGCAGCUCUGAGUCGUGUUCUGCAGCAGAUCCGAGGUGCUCCACCAAUGAAGCGAGGCACCAGCCUGCAGAGCCGCCGCAGCAAGGUGGCGGGUAGUGGGGGGGAGCCUCCCCAGAAAGGUAGCCCCCAGAUCCACCGGCGCAGCACCCAUGAAGCCCUGCUGCAGGCGGGACGGCCACGCUCCUCCUCGACCACAGACACACCCAGCAGCCCAGCGCUAGCUGACGUUCUGCUGACCUCUGGUUACCACUCAACUGAGGAGCCGGACAAGCUGGAUCGUUAUGAUGGAUCGGGCCCUGCUGUGUCACCCAAUGCUCUCUCCUUCGGUGCAGAUGGGUAUGAUGUGGUUGACAGUACCCCGGACCCCCAGCGAACAAAGCAGGCCAUUGCUCAACUGCAACAGAAGAUCCUCAAACUCACAGAACAAAUCAAAAUCGAACAAACUGCGCGUGAUGACAACGUGGCUGAAUACCUGAAACUUGCCAAUAAUGCAGACAAACAGCAGAGUGCUCGCAUCAAACAGGUGUUUGAGAAGAAGAACCAAAAGUCAGCUCAGACCAUCCAGCAGCUGCAGAGGAAACUCGAGCACUACCACCGGAAACUUCGGGAGGUGGAACACAACGGCAUUCCUCGCCAGCCCAAAGAUGUUUUCCGAGACAUGCACCAGGGGCUGAAAGAUGUUGGAGCCAAGGUGACGGGGGGCCUCUCCAGUUUCUCUCAAGCCACUCAUUCUGCCGCUGGAGCUGUGGUGUCGAAGCCCAGAGAAAUCGCCUCCCUCAUCCGCAACAAGUUUGGCAGUGCGGAUAACAUUGCAUCUUUGAAAGAUUCCUUGGACGAAACCCAGGGAGAUGAGGGUGUUGGCCCUGGAGGGACCGGACAGUUGCAGUCCAGCCCAAAGUAUGGCAGUGAAGAUGACUGUUCUAGCGCUACUUCCGGCUCUGCAGGUGUCAACAGCACGACGGGAGCUCCCGGAGGCCCCCCCAGCUCCAAGGGCAACACCCUGGAUCACGGCCAGGCCUCAGGCUUUGAUGCUGUACUGCAUGAGAUCCAAGAGCUCCGGGAAAACCAAGGUCGACUGGAGGAGUCCUUUGAAAACCUAAAGUCCCACUAUCAGCGGGACUACACGAUGAUCACCGAGGCCUUGCAAGAGGAACGAUUCAGGUGUGAACGUCUGGAGGAACAACUCAAUGACUUGACCGAGCUGCACCAAAAUGAAAUUCUGAACUUGAAACAGGAACUUGCCAGCAUGGAGGAGAAGAUUGCUUACCAGUCUUACGAAAGAGCGAGAGACAUUCAGGAGGCGCUGGAGGCAUGUCAGACGCGCAUCUCCAAGAUGGAGCUGCAGCAGCAGCAGCAGCAGGUGGUGCAGCUGGAGGGUCUGGAGAACGCCACAGCACGGACUCUACUAGGGAAACUAAUCAAUGUGCUGCUGGCUGUCAUGGCCGUCCUUUUGGUGUUUGUGUCCACAGUGGCUAACUGUGUUGUCCCCUUGAUGAAAACACGCAGCCGCACGUUUUCUACGCUGCUCCUUGUAAUCCUCCUCGCCUUCCUCUGGAGGCACUGGGAUGCCAUUUCAGAGUAUCUGCAUCACUUUCUUCUGCACCCCAGAUGACCAGCUUGGAGAGGCUUAUUUAAAUACUGACGGGACGGAGGAUUUGGGGCUGAUGUGUAAAGGGAGGACACUGACCCACACAUGGAGUUGAAACUCGAUACUCCUUCCUUUUCUGCUUCUUCAGCAGCUUCUCGAAACACUCAGGAGGGUUACAUCAUCGGUUUGUCACUAUCUCUUUCUGAAAGGUGUUGAGAAGAAUCCUCCGGAGAAUAAGGAGAGAAAAGGUUGGAUGUUUGGUAUCAACCCGCUGUCUUUGGUGCAAUUGGCACAAGCACAUACUGUUAGGGUGAAGGAGGGGCUGAGAGAGCUGCACACUUGAUUUCUCUCUUCUGAGUGAAUUUGUUUACAUGUGGAAAACGUUGCAUUGUUUUCCCACAGAAGAAAUUGUAAUUCAGAGUUUUAUUACUUUUGAGCUAAUUCAAGUGGUAUUGUUUUUAAGUCACUGCUAUUGUUAAUACAGCUAACAUAUUGCUUCGUAUUUACUUUGAACUGUAUGAGCUGACAGUGUUCUGCUGAUUUAGUUGCCCAUAUUCUCUUUUUGUACGUUCUCUCUCUUCUAGCCACUCUGGUUUUUCAGUCUGCUCUUUUGUUCCCCUUUACUCCGUCUUUUACAUUUCAGCCUCUGUGACCUCCUCUUCUUUUCCCUACACUCUAAAGAAUUGGGUGCUUGCACAUCAGCUAAAUUGCUCUGGAACCAGACUUGUCACUGGAUCAAAUAAUAGUGGGUUCCUGACUCGUUUCUUACGGAUGUGUGAAGUCACUAACACUGGUUCUGUCACAACCAGGAUAUUGCUAUCAAGAACUUAAAUCUUUGGAGUUGCGACCCAGCCCUCUGGGCCGACCGGCUCCUGCUGUCCUGGUGGCGUUUCAACGGCAGAAGAAUAAUCAAUGAACUGAAUUAACAUACUUGAAGAGCGAUGAAAGUGCUCAAAGACUCAGUGCUUCCGUACUGUUUCUCUUUGUGACAAUGAAAGAGUAAUACUUUUUAUUUUAUUUUUUAUUUUUUAAAGACAAAUAAAUUUGCUGUUUUAAAAUGUGAAA